AUGCCUUUGAUCUCUUCUCUACAACGAAAUAGUAGUGAUCCUAGACUACAUUCAUCCCGCUUUCCUUCUGUUCCACAAACGAUUCGCAAUGCUGCAUUGACUGACUGUAUUAACUAUAAUACAGAUUUCUCGGUAGAAAAUGACGGUUGGGUUCCAUUUGAUACAGAAGGUGAAACUUUUCAUCGCGUAAGCAAUGGCUUGCAAUUGGAUUUACUUGCUCCUAGUGAAAAUAUGAGACUUAUUGAAGAGGGUACAAAUCUACCUUACAAUAAGCUUUCAGCAAAAGGUGCUACUUUUGCUUCGUCUUAUUAUAUGCUUUAUGGAAAUGUCUCUGCUACAAUCAGAUCUUCUCCAGUGGGUGGUUCAAUCACAGCUUUUAUUCUUAUGUCUGAUACAGGUGAUGAAAUUGAUUUCGAAUUUUUAGGGGGUGAUCCACAUACGGUCCAAACUAAUUUCUUCUAUGCUGGAGAAGAACUAUUUACAAUAAAUGGGGGACUACAUCCAGUACCAGGUGCCGCCGUAUUUGAUGACUUCCAUACUUAUACACUUGAUUGGAGACCUGAACGUAUGCAAUGGUUGGUUGAUGGUCAAGUGGUUCGUACCAAGGAAAAGAAGGAUACUUGCCAAAUGGGUGUUUGUAAAUAUCCAUCUAGCCCUGCUCGAGUUCAAUUUGGAUUAUGGGAUAGUAGCUUUGAUGCAGGCACGGCACAAUGGGCAAAGGGACCAAUAGAUUGGUGGAGUAACCGUGGACUCAGUGCAUCUGCGUUAAUCAAUCAUAUUCAAGUGAAAUGUGAUCCUGAAUACAACUCAAUCUAUGUCUAUUAA